UUGCGGAUGCGGCGAGUGAGUGUGCGUUGUUUCCGUGGCGACGCCUGUUUGGAUGCAAAUCUGAAUAAUAAACAACAACAACAUUGUGACGACAAAGGCCCGGCGCUGAAAUUUGGGUGGCCGCCGCAGAGGCCGGGAUGCGGUUUCCGUGGCAACAACAGCACAUUCAAGGAUACCGAUGCGGCGCUCCCACUCGGCUUGUGAAAAAUAUAUCGAUACGGUGAUACGUCGCCCGUUCGUCGCUCGUGAGGUCAAACGAUAUAUGGUCCUUUUUCAAGAACGGUCGACAGUUACUAUAUAUUGGCCAGGCCAAAUUUGAAUUUUAGCCGAUAUUUGAGGAUCUCGCUUAGUUAGACUGUUUGUUAUUGUGAUUUUUGCACCACCCAGUGGCCAGUGUUACAGAAGAAAAAAUGUAGUGUAAGAAUCUGAAAAUUGUGUCUAUUGUGAGAAUCUUGGUAUAAGCGUAUGGGGAGGUUUCCUCGAUUCCACAGGCUAAUCCUGGCCAUGAUGAUUGAAAUCAUCAUCGGGCGGGACUGCAUGGCACAACGUGAUAACACCAAGGUCGCCCGGCGCAGAUAAACACGUGCGAGGGAGGUCUCUCCCGGCCUCGAACUUAAAAAGGCCAGGCACUCGGCCUCCUUUUUCAUUUGCCCGCCAUGUUGGCCUCCGUCUUUUCUUGGCCGCUCAUUUCAGCGCCGCUGUUCCUGGCCGCGCUCGCCGCCGUCUUGGUGGCGGCAACUCGGCGCUCCGGCGGCGGGAUGCCGGGCCUACCGCGACUGCCCCUUGUGGGAAGUCUUCCUUGGCUGGGGGGAGGCGCCCCCCCUCACUUGCUCUUCACGCACUUGGGCCGCAGGUACGGGCCCCUGUUCGAGCUCUACCUCGGGCCACAUCGCACGGUGGUUGUCAACGACCACGUCCACGCCAGAGAAGUUCUCCUGCGAAGAGGUCGGGAUUUCGCCGGACGCCCCAGCACGGUGACCACCGAUCUGCUAACAAGAGGCGGGAAAGACAUCGCCUUCGCCGACUUCUCGCCUCUGUGGAAGCUGCACCGCCGCCUGGUGCACGCUUCCUUUGCUCUGUUCGGAGAAGGGAGCGACCGCUUGUGGGACAUCGUUCUGUCCGAGGCGGACGGUCUAUGCGCCGAACUCCUGUCCGGCGAGGCCCGCGGCUUCGACCCGUCGCUCGCGGUGACCGCGGCCGUCACCAACGUCGUGUGCACGCUCGUGUUCGGCACCGCCUACAAACGCGGGGACGGGGAGCUGGAAGAGGUGAUGCGCUAUAACCACGGUAUCGUGCGCACCAUCGCGAGGGGAGGACUGGUCGACAUCUUCUCCUGGAUGAAGGUAUUCCCGAACGCGUCGCUGGACGAGCUGAAAGCGUGCAUCGCAGUGCGAGACCGCCUUCUCACGCGAAAGCUGCGGGAACACAAGGCGUCGCCGAGCGACGCCGACCCCAGAGAUCUCCUGGACGCUUUGCUGAAGGGUCAGAGUUCACCCGGGCCCGACGGCGAGGUCAUCACGGACGACCACGUGUUGAUGACGGCGGCGGAGGCCUUCGGCGCCGGCGUGGAGACCACGUCCACCACGCUGCUCUGGAUCCUGGCCUACUUUUUACAUCACCCUGAGGUCCAAAAGCGCGCACAGGAGGAACUGGACCGAGAGGUGGGCGAUCGGGCGGUACGCGCGGCGGACCGCGUGCGGCUCCCGUAUCUGGACGCCGUCAUCAAUGAGGGAAUGCGGAUCCGGCCGGUCAGCCCGGUACUGAUCCCGCACGUCGCCACGACUGACAGCAGCAUCGGCCGUCACGCCGUCCGACGCGGGACUCGGGUGUUGGUCAACAUGUGGGCUAUCCAUCACCACCCCGACCACUGGGACCGACCGGACUCGUUCGUGCCAGAUCGUUUCCUCGAUGACCGGGGUCGCCGGGUCACGCCCUCCUGCUUCCUGCCUUUCGGGGCGGGGCCUCGCAUCUGCGUGGGCGAAUCGCUAGCCAGGACGGAGCUGUUUCUAUUCCUGUCCUCCUUGCUCCAGCGAAUGAGCUUUACGCCGCCGCUCGGGGAUUCGCCGCCCGACCUGCGGGGACGUCUCGGCGUGGUCUUGCAGCCGCUACCUUACAAAAUCGCCGUCACGCCGCGGUCCGGGUGGGACCUCGGCGCUCCGGCUAGCGUGAAUGAGAAACCGCUAUGACUCCGUGUGCGUCAAUAAACAACAGCAUAAGUACA